UUCACUUCUGAAACUAUUUGGUGCUGCUCUUCGAAUGCAAAGAGAGAUAAUGUGGUUUAAGGUGAGAUAUAUGACCUAAGGGAUCGUUUCCCUUUUUCCUUCUACUUUCAGUCAAAAAAGACAGAUAAUAUGGUCAUAUGGAGUGCCAGCGGAAAUAGUAAUUUCUAAUUUCUAAUUAGAGAGGAGUUCAUGAGUCAUGACAUCCAAAGUUUGAUAGCUAGUAAGUAGUAAUCUCAUCGAAAUAACUAUGUGGGCCGGAGGUGGAGAAAAUUAUGCCAUCUUUACUCCUCAAGAAUAAAAACAAAUAUGGGAAAACGCCGGGGCAAUUAUUCUCGGAGGAGCACAAGCAAUUACUCAAAGAAGUUGAAGCGUGGAUGAAAGACACUGCAAAUUAUUGUAUGAUUGUUGCAGCUUUGAUUGCCACAGUCAUGUUUGCUGCUGCCUUCACUGUUCCAGGCAGUAAUAACAGCGAUGAAGGCACUCCAAUAAUGAUAAAAUUGAAUGCCUUUGCGGUUUUUGUCACAUCGGAUGCGGUGGCACUCUUCACUUCAAUUGUUUCCAUCAUUAUGUUCUUAUCCAUUCUCACGUCUCGGUACACUGAAGAUGAUUUUCUUGUGUCAUUACCUGCCAAGUUAUUGUGUGGACUCACGGCACUCUUCAUCUCAAUAGUUAGCAUGCUUGUGGCUUUUGCAGCAACUUUCUUCUUGGUCUAUAAUUAUCAUAGGCUUUACGAGCCGAAGGUCAUUGCUGCUUUUGCUGGACUUCCUGUAGCUUUGUUCGCGAUUUUACAUUUUAUGCUAUGGUUGGAUACGGCGAGAUCAACAUGCUCGUCUAAAUUUCUAUUUAGACCGGGAAAGCAUAGGAUUUAUAAAGAACAGAUCCGUCACAACAGAGGGGCGGGCUUCAUUUUCGGGCUUCAAUCCGUCAAAUUGAAUGCCUUUUGUUUAAGUGGUUUCGCAAAUUAG